AUGGCCACCAUCACCUGCAAUCGCUUCACUGAGGAGUACCAGCUCUUUGAGGAACUGGGCAAGGGCGCUUUCUCCAUCGUCCGGAGGUGCGUGAAGGUGUUGGCAGGACAAGAGUACGCGGCCAAGAUCAUCAAUACCAAGAAGCUCUCUGCUCGAGAUCACCAGAAGCUGGAACGAGAAGCCCGGAUCUGCCGUCUCCUGAAGCACCCCAACAUCGUGAGGCUCCACGACAGCAUCUCUGAAGAGGGCCACCACUACCUGAUAUUUGACCUGGUCACCGGCGGGGAGCUCUUUGAGGACAUUGUGGCCAGGGAGUACUACAGCGAAGCGGAUGCCAGCCACUGCAUCCAGCAGAUCCUGGAGGCCGUCCUGCACUGCCACCAGAUGGGGGUGGUUCACCGGGAUCUGAAGCCCGAGAACCUGCUGUUGGCAUCCAAGCUGAAGGGUGCUGCUGUCAAGCUGGCUGACUUUGGCCUUGCCAUCGAGGUGGAGGGCGACCAGCAAGCGUGGUUUGGUUUCGCCGGCACCCCGGGAUACCUGUCCCCCGAGGUGCUCCGGAAGGAUCCCUAUGGCAAAGCCGUGGAUCUGUGGGCUUGCGGUGUCAUCCUCUACAUCCUGCUGGUUGGGUACCCACCCUUUUGGGAUGAAGACCAACACCGACUCUACCAGCAGAUCAAGGCUGGGGCUUAUGAUUUCCCCUCCCCUGAAUGGGACACAGUCACUCCUGAAGCAAAAGAUCUCAUCAACAAGAUGUUGACCAUAAACCCCUCCAAGCGCAUCACGGCAGCCGAGGCUCUGAAGCACCCCUGGAUAUCGCACCGUGCCACCGUGGCGUCAUGCAUGCACAGGCAGGAGACUGUGGACUGUCUGAAGAAGUUCAAUGCCCGGAGGAAGCUGAAGGGAGCCAUCCUCACUACCAUGCUGGCCACCAGGAACUUCUCCGGUAGUGGUGGCAACAAGAAGAAUGACGGCGUAAAGAAAAGAAAGUCCAGUUCCAGCGUUCAGUUAAUGGAAUCGUCGGAGAGCACCAACACCACCAUUGAGGACGAAGACACCAAAGUACGGAAGCAAGAAAUCAUUAAAGUCACAGAGCAGCUGAUUGAAGCAAUAAGCAAUGGCGACUUCGAGUCCUACACGAAGAUGUGUGACCCUGGAAUGACUGCUUUUGAGCCUGAGGCUCUGGGCAACCUUGUGGAAGGCCUGGAUUUCCACCGAUUCUACUUUGAAAACCUGUGGUCCCGGAACAGCAAACCUGUGCACACGACGAUCCUGAACCCCCACAUCCACCUGAUGGGGGACGAGUCUGCCUGCAUUGCCUACAUCCGCAUCACGCAGUACGUGGACUCUGGAGGGAUCCCCCGCACUGCCCAGUCCGAGGAGACCCGCAUCUGGCACCGCCGGGAUGGCAAAUGGCAGAUUGUUCACUUCCACAGAUCCGGGGCACCCACAUUGCCGUGGCGCCUUCCUGCACCCCAUGGGUCUUCCUGCAGGGCAAACCACAGUGGUGGCUCUGGGAGUGCCACCAGCAUGUGGCUUUCAGGACAGAAGACAUGGCCGGGAAGGGGAACGUUGGUCUCACCUCUUGGCCAUCAGGUAGAGGUCUGAGGGUGGCUGUUCUUCCGGCAAUUCUUCCAUUUCACAUUCUCUUUUUCCCAACUGGAGCCUCUUCACUCACUGGUGUGAGGCUCCUGCAGCACUGCUGCCCCGGGGUACUUUCUAGCUCCACUCUCUCUUUGUCUGCAUGGUGUUUAACUUUCUAGAUGGUGCGUGUGUUGAAAAACAAAGAAACGAACAAAAACUGCUUGUUUUGGACCUAAAAAAAAAAAGGAAAAAGGAAAAAAAAAAGGAAAAAAAAGAGGAAGUAUUUCCUCCAUGUAAAUUCUGAGUGUGUAUUUUGCCUUUUCUGUGGUUUUGAAUGCUUUGCUCUCUGUUGAGGCAGGGACAGCCACCAUGCCAAACGCAGCUGCAUCCUUGCAGACUGCAAAAAUAUUUUCCCACUGGAUGGAGGGGAAGAAAUCUAAACUGCUGGGGCACGGACAGGCCCUGAGAAGUGUUUUGGUGUGUUCCUCUGUGCCAGCAGUGUGAUGGCUGCUGGUGAUGUAUGUAGGAGAUGCCUUUUUGGGGGCAAAUCACAGAGCUGAUCCAUGGGGUUCCUCGUGCCUUUGGUGGACCUGUGCACCAUAGGCUUGCAAGAGUUCCCCAAAGCAGGGAAAUCCAUGCAGGGAAGGGAUUCGUUUUUAAGGUAGAGUUUGGGUGUUUUUACAGAUCUGUUUUUCUUCCUGUAGUCAUGUAGUGCUGAAGUUUUUUUUUUUUUAAUUUUUAAAGGAAGGACUCAGCUCUUUCACAGUUCUCUCUCUCCCUCUCCAGAGCUGGCUCUGAAGCCAGCCGUGGUCAGUGUCAUCCACCUUCUGAUGUCCAAGCUCUCCAGGUGUCAAGAGGAUUUUUGAGAAUUGGUCUAAGGUGGAUGAUGAUGGAGGACAUCAUGUCAGGGCUCUGCAUGGGGGCUGAAGGGCAGAUGCCAUCACAGCCUGGUUUUGAAGCUGCUGAUAGCUGCAGACCUUGGAUGGGCUGUGAGGGUGAAGCUGCUCCAGCAGCUGCUACUGAGAAAGGACUGGGACUGGGGUUCUGGUGGGAUUCCCUGGGAAUAACAGAUGAGAUGGGGUAGAUACAAUCUCCUUUCACUGAGAACCCACAGUCACUUCUAGGGAGAGCAUCUUGGCUCCCAGGAAGGCUUUGAGGUGUCUUUUUGGAGGGAGUUUCUCCUCCUUGAUAUUUCCCUAAGAUUAUCUCCUCAGGAGCCAGAUGGAUGUCCUUGCAACACUCCUUUGCAAGGGAAGCAGAAUCUAAAGUUUAAACUCAUUCUAGUCUUCCAGUCAAGCUGCAGCCUGACCAAGGAAGACCCAACUUCCCAACAUGCCCAUGCUGGCAGCAUUAAGCACCUGCACUUUAGGGGUCUGUCCUGCCUGGUGUCUCUGCCUCAUAUUGCCCUGCUUCUCCAGAGUGGGUUCCUGUAUCUCUAGAGCAUCUCAGCAAGCCCUGAUGGACCUCCACCUUUUCUCUCAGAAUCCAUGGAAAGCAUCUGUUUCUGUCUUCCAUCGCCCUUGCUGAUUUCUCCUAAACCUGCAGGAAAGCUCUAUAAAUAAGUUUCCACCAUCCUUUUUGGCUGGAAGAGCCAGGGAUGCUGCUGUUCCAUCUCUACUUUUAAGCUGUUGACACUGUCCCUGACACAUGCAAACAGGCAUUGCCCCAGCAAUCCCACCAUGGUUCUGGGAAUGACAAUGUCCAGGGAUGUUCCUAAUAAGCAACAUGGACAGGGCCACCUUGUUGGGAUAGAGUUUACCACCAUGGACCUCCUGUCCCAACGGCUUCAAGGCUGGAGAUCAGGCUAUGGCACAUUUAAUUUCCUGGCACAGACAGAACUCCUCUCCUCUGGUCUCCUGGUGCCUUGGUCAAACCAAACUCAGAAGUCCUCCAAACUCAUCCUCUCUUCCACCCCUCCCAGACCACAGGGGAUGUCUAACUGGAGGCACUUGCUGUAGUGGUGUCGAGCUCCCAGCUCUACAGUUGGGUUUGGGAGCUGUCUGUUUUCCCUUCCUGGCUGCCAAGGUCCACUGGCAGCAUUAUAAUUUCUCACAUCUUGCUGAUGCAUCCCCUCUGGAAGACAAAGAGGCCUCUGCUCUUUGCUGGAGGAGCAGGCACCCUCCUCUUCAUCCCAGACAGACACUGCUGGGAGAGUUGUCUUUCCCCCCCCAAACCUGCAUGAAAUGCCCCUUCUGCCAGGCACCAAAUCUUUGUUUGACCCCAAACCUGCCUCUCCUCCCAUGGAUGCCCCCAUGGAUCUCCAGAAGCUGGAGCAGGCAGCAGUCAUCUACUCCCACCUGGAGCUCCUGGUGGGCUCUGCAGCCUGUGGUGGGAUUGCAGUGCUGUGUGUGAGGGGGCAGCCCCACAGCCCCAUGGACCAAGAGUGUCUGCCAGCAGGAGAUCACCUCCUCUGAUCACCCCAGGAGACAGACUGACCCUUCUUCCCCAGCGCAGGAUGGGUUAUGGUGUACCCCAUGCUCUUGAUGCUGCACAGAUCCUCCAGCCAGCAGAGACCUUGCCCUUGCCCAUGUCCCAAGGUGCAGGUCCCAUCCAUAUCAGACAGGGAAACCCAGACGUGAGCAGGCUGUGGGGACACCAGAGCAGGGGCUGGUGGCUACUCUGCCACCAGAUUCCUUUGAAUCUCCUUCCCUCCUGCAGGUCAUCAACAGGGAGUGGGAGAGAGGGAGCAGUGGAGGGGACUGUAUCGAGUGGCUCCUUCCUUCUUUGGAUUGUUGUCCCUUUUUUCUAAUUGUUGCACAAUUUUAGGGCUUUUGUAACAUUUUUUGGACAAGCAGGGAAAAUAUGUUAACAGUGGUUUAAGGAAAGAAAAUGAGAUCUAUCUCUCUCUCUUAUAUAUUAUAUAUAUAUAUAAAAAAUAUAUAUACUUACAGGAAAUCUCUAUGGAAAUAUUUAUUUAAGAUGAUUGCAAAAAAUAUAUUAUAAUUAAGAGUAUACCAAGCUUUGUCACGUAACAAAAAUCAAGCCCCAGGGAGGGGCAGCUGCCUGUCCCCUCGUGUCUGUUUGUCCGUACGGUUGCAGCUGAAGCCUUUCUCUUCUCUUUUUGUAAGUGCACUCGAACUGUUGAGCAGUGUGACCG